AUGUGCUUCGCCCUCUCUUGUACCCGUCUCUCCCCCCUGUCUCCCCUUCCCUACAACCUACCCCCAUCCCUCCGCCCCUCCACCCCUCCCACGCCACACCCUGGCAUUCAAUCUGCAAGGCUGCGUCUCGCCAAGUCGUUCGCUGUGCAUGGGACAACCGCCCCCCCUCCCCUCCUACCCCAUUUCAGCGGUGGCGAAUCUGUGGCGAAUGUGACUCUAACGAGCAUCACGCUGCACAAGCACAUCAACUGGGUGUUCCUCCCCCAGGUCUUCCUCCUCUGCGCGGAUGGUAACCGCUCCGACCUGCCCUUCUCACCGCCGCUCAACAUUCAAGUGAACCUCACAGGGAAGGAGGACUGGCAGCCGCUUUUCCAAAUGGACAGUGGCGGGUGCAAGUCGUGCGGCAUAUACGAGAAGGGGUGGAUAGCAGACAGCCCCUACCUGCUCUUCCCGCUCUGCGAGUCCAACUUCUCAACCCCCAAGGGCCACUCGCCCGCCCCCGGUGCCGCGGGCUUUGGGGAGCUGCUGCUGGCGGACCCAACGGGCACUGUAGAGUUUGUGCUCUCGUGCCCUGCUUGUGUGAGGGACUUGGAAAUGAGCACAGGCGAUGUUCACACGGCGCCUGCACCUCAAGGCUUGGGGGUGGUUGUCUGGGUGAUAGCAGGCGUGGCAGUAAUGGGUGUGCUUGUACUGCUCAUCACAUCUGUAGUGUACAUUACUAAAGGUGGCGACCAGAUUGUCGACGAAUCGGAGCGCGCCAAGUUUAUUGAAAUGGGGGCUACGUCAUCAGAGGAGCCUCUUUAUGCGUUGGGAAGAGAGCCUCGCCUUGCAUCUGAUGUGCUUAAAGGUGAUCCUGAUGACUACCUAUAG